CGACAUCCUUUGCGGUGCCGCAGCACAUGGAUUGCAGGACUACCUGUGAGGAGACAAAGACAGGGAUUUGUUUGCUGCAGGAUGGUAAUCAGGAGCCUUUCAAAGUGCGGCUACACCUGGCCAAAGAUAUUCUGAUGAUCCAGGAACAGGAUGUGAUAUGUGUGUCUGGUGAGCCUUUCUAUUCUGGUGAAAGAACGGUGACCAUUAGAAGACAAACUGUAGGAGGAUUCGGAUUAAGCAUAAAGGGGGGAGCGGAACAUAACAUUCCAGUUGUCAUUUCAAAAAUCUCCAAGGAGCAAAGAGCUGAGCUCUCAGGACUGCUCUUUCUUGGGGAUGCAAUUCUGCAGAUAAAUGGGAUUAAUGUGAGAAAAUGCAGACAUGAAGAAGUGGUUCAGGUUCUUCGGAAUGCCGGAGAAGAAGUGACCCUGACGGUCUCAUUUUUUAAAAGAGCACCUGCUUUCCUCAAACUCCCACUGAACGAAGAUUGUGCAUGUGCACCGAGUGACCAGAGCAGUGGCACCUCGUCUCCCCUCUGCGACAGUGGCUUACACCUCAACUAUCAUCCCAACAACACAGACACGCUGUCCUGCUCUUCGUGGCCCGCGUCCCCGGGCCUGCGGUGGGAAAAGCGAUGGUGUGACCUCAGGCUGAUUCCUCUUCUCCAUUCCCGGUUCUCCCAGUACGUGCCCGGGACAGACCUGAGUCGGCAGAACGCUUUUCAAGUCAUCGCCGUGGACGGGGUCUGCAGUGGGAUCAUCCAGUGCCUGUCUGCUGAGGACUGUGGCGAAUGGCUGCAUGCGGUAACCACCAAUAUCUCCAGCCUCACAAAGCACAACAUUAGAAAAAUCAACAGAAACUUUCCUGUAAACCAGCAGAUUGUCUACAUGGGCUGGUGUGAAACACGGGAACAAGACCCCCUCCAGGACCGCGUGUACUCGCCAACGUUCCUAGCCCUGAGGGGCUCGUGUCUUUAUAAGUUUCUGGCGCCUCCAGUGACCACGUGGGACUGGACCCGAGCAGAGAAAACGUUUUCAGUUUACGAGAUUAUGUGCAAGGUUCUCAAGGACAGCGACCUGCUGGACCGGCGGAAACACUGCUUCACCGUGCAGUCCGAGUCUGGGGAGGAUCUCUACUUCUCCGUGGAGUUAGACUCUGACCUCGCCCAGUGGGAAAGAGCCUUCCAAACGGCAACCUUUCUGGAAGUGGAACGGAUACAGUGCAAGACAUACGCGUGUGUGCUGGAAGGCCACCUGAGGGGGCUCACGAUCGACUUCAGCACGGGCUUCAUCUGCUUUGACGCUGCGACCAAGGCAGUACUUUGGAGGUAUAAGUUUUCUCAGCUUAAAGGUUCUUCAGAUGACGGCAAGAGCAAAAUCAAAUUUUUGUUUCAGAAUCCAGAUACUAAACAGAUUGAAGCAAAGGAGCUGGAAUUUUCGAACCUAUUUGCUGUUCUUCACUGCAUUCACUCUUUCUUUGCUGCCAAGGUGGCUUGUUUGGACCCUCUCUUUUUAGGCAGUCAGGCCACUGCUUCUGCCACUCCCAGCUCCGGCAUGAUGAGCAAAGCCAAGUACAUGACCUGACAGCCUGAGCUUGGCAUCUCUCUUACCUUGACUUAUACACAGAACAGUCAUACUCGUCGCUAUAGACACUGGAGAAGCAAUCACAUCAUCAAGUCAACAGUGAAGCCAAGUUGAAAUUUCAGCAGAAAAGAAGAAGGUCAUACGGAUUUCAGAAACAUUUCUGUUUGGAAGGCCUCUGGGAAUCAUCCUGAAUGAACAGGAUAGCUUGCUGUCUGUCGGUGGGUCGGUGCCAGUAUGUUGCUUUCAUCAGAAGAGAAGACGAAAGAAUGAAUGACUCGAGUAUGUAAAUAAUAUAAAAAAUU